GCACAGCUGGUACUAUAGACAUUGAUGUAACUAUUGACAUAGCAUUGCUGUUGUAGACAUGGGCACACAUCUCGGAUCUUCCAUAACAAACUUCACCCACAAUAUUCCCUGGGAAAUUCCCUCAUGAAUAUGCACAGCUUUUCAGCAUGAUGUCAUGCAGCUGUGGAAAGGCCAGGAGGGGAUUUUUCUGUUUGAGCCACAUAACCCAGAACUGCACGCAGACCUGUAGGAUGGCUUCAGUGUGCAGGGGUUGGUAUAUGUGCAGUGCGGCAAAUCGCCAUCACGGGUGAUGUAUGUGACGAGUCUGGUAGAUAGGUGUUAUCGUCCUGGUGCGUGUCUGAAAAUAUGUGAUUUCUAAGAAACAUAUUAACUUAAUCCUGCAUCUGGAUUUGCAGUUUUAUUUCAAGAAUUGCCAAAGAUUUUACUUCGAAUAAAACUGCAAGGUUACUAUUCGAGAGAUUACAUAUGUCGUUCUUCAGUAGUUAUUGCAAGGUUGGUAGUGCGAGCUGUGACAGGGACGAUACAGCGACGGAGAUGGCCACGGCGGAGAUGAUGAGGCACGAGACAAUGCGGCUCAUGACGUACACAAAAUGGCCGUCGUCGUCCUCACAGGAUCCUGCCAGGCUAGCCGAAGCUGGUUUCUUUUACACCGGAAGUGGCGAUCGUGUGAAAUGUGCCUUCUGCCUUGGGGUGCUCAAGAUGUGGAAACUGGAUGAUAUCCCCCUUACAGAACACCAGAGUCACUUCCCUUACUGCAGGUUCCUCCAGGGCAAGGAAGUGGGAAAUAUUCCGUUAAGUCAAGGAAACCCUAAAGAGGUCGCAGAAACAACAUAUCAAGGAAGGGGGAACAGUCAUGCGUUAGUUCCGUGUUGCGAAAUCCAAGGUAGUGUAUUACCUAAUGCACACACUUCAACAGAAGAAGCACUAGCAGGAACGUCAGGCUUACCCCUUAAACCACCGCAAGACAUUAUACUUCCCUCAGAGGCUCUUAAUACGCUCUCAAAUAUCCAGAACAAAGCUCCAUCUGAAGUUCCAUCUCCUUUUGAAGUUCCAUCUCCUCCCAUUGUCCCAGACUUUACCCGUGAAGUUCAUCGUCUAGCAACCUUCUCCAAAUGGCCAGAAGAGUCCACGGUUUCACCUGAAGAUCUUGCACGUGCAGGGUUUUAUCACGAGCCCCAGGACACCAAGCCUGACCGUGUGAAGUGCGGGUACUGUAGGGGUAAGGUGUACGGGUGGCAAGCUGGAGAUGACCCGUGGAUGGAGCACGCCAGAUGCUUCCCUACAUGUCCAUACAUAAGGCUGUGUCUCGGGGAGGAGAUGCUUCAGGACAUAACAGCUUACAUGGUUGAGUCAGGCAGUUGCUGAGCCGGACCACGACCAUCACAGAUCCUGAUUCAGCACACUUCAUCGUUACCGCCGGAAGUGGACACAAGGAUCUGACCUGGCUAAUUAGACGCAAUUACAUACUUACGUCGUAGAUGUGGUCCAUGUUGUCACGAUGGUGUUACUGAAGCUGCAGCGUAGUUCGUGAAGAUCUUCCAAGGAAAAUCUGAUGUCAGCUGUGUUUCGAAGGAAGCGUUUUCUACGAACCAGUUUUGGCGUUACCUUAUUUUGUUUCUGUCAACCAAACACGCACGAGGGUUUCCCAGAUUAACCUUCAACAAAGGCGUGAUUACAUAACUGUUAUCCUUCGCACAUGAAUUAGUGAAAUACAACCAUGCUCAA